AAACCGUGAUUGAUCACACACUCCAGCACAGUAGGUGGUGGCAUGCACCUUUAACGUUUGUUUGCGGACUGCUGUUAUAUCGAAGAAGAAGAACUGCACCGGCGCUGUCGUUAUUUAUUGAAAAUAGAUAGCUAGCUAAUUCUCUCACCAAGCAAUAUUAACAUUUGUCAUUUUGUAAUCCAAGUUGUAAAAACAUGACGGAGCCUCAGGCAGCACUGUUACUCAGGAGACAGCUGGCAGAGCUGAAUAAGAACCCAGUGGAGGGAUUCUCAGCAGGUUUGAUAGAUGAUAACGACCUCUACAGAUGGGAAGUCUUAAUAAUCGGCCCACCAGACACAUGCUAUGAAGGUGGUGUGUUCAAAGCACAUCUCACGUUUCCCAAAGACUACCCUCUCAGGCCACCUAAAAUGACAUUUAUCACAGAUAUAUGGCACCCUAAUGUUGACAAGAACGGUGACGUAUGUAUAUCUAUUUUACACGAGCCUGGUGAGGAUAAGUACGGCUAUGAGAAGCCUGAGGAGCGUUGGCUACCCAUCCACACAGUGGAAACCAUCAUGAUUAGUGUUAUCUCUAUGUUGGCAGACCCGAACGGAGACUCGCCUGCCAAUGUAGACGCUGCAAAAGAGUGGAGGGAAGACCGACAUGGGGAAUUCAAAAGAAAAGUGGCCCGUUGUGUAAGAAAGAGCCAAGAGACUGCCUUUGAGUGAAUUUUAUCAAGCUGCUUCUAGCUUCACUUUUUCAGGGUCUCCAAUUUGAGAAACAACAUGGCACUGUUCUCCUGCACUCUACCACCCGAUUGCCAGGCUCGUCUUCAUUGCAUUUGGCAGAAACCGUCUGGCAACAAUAGGCUGCAAUAGAACUUAACAGCUGUUACCACAUGCUGACCGAAAACCGCCACGCAAGUGCCAACUCAAAAACAACAAAACAGAAGAUGAAUAACACGUUUUUUGAAGUCUAUGAACUUUUCAGGAAGAGAUUGUAAAGACCUGUAUAUAGCACAGACCUAAAACUGGAUAAUAUAUAAACUGUUCCUACCCAUCCAGCAAGACACAUAGUACCAAAUAAGUAGUGCUUCUGUAGGUAGAAUUUGAGCCCUGUAAGUUAUUGAAGUUUUUAGUCCUCUUCCCCAUUCAACAUCCACUCUAGUGUGUAUUCGUAUAGGUAUGUUACAGGUUGCUUUGAUGGACAGGAAGCCUUGAAGGCAGAAUGGUAAGAAUGCGAUGCUGUCGUAGAAUCCCACUAGUGGAGAACAGUGGGAUUCAAGAAUGACCGGAGUAUCAGGCUAAAAUGGCAUUUAUGGCAGAGGGUGCACUAGAAUAGACGCAUUAUGUAGCAUGCUUGUCAUGAUGGGUUCCUUCAACCUUAGCACUUCAGGAAAAUUUGCUGUAAGUCACCAUUUUAAAAUAUGAAUAAGGUUAUAGAGGCAAGUCUUUAUUUUGGAUUUUAACACCGUUAUGAACUCCCCCUACCGUGGUGGACAUGUACCCCGAAUUGAUCACAUACCCCAUUUGUCAAGUUCUGGUGUGUUUCUUUGGAGAUGAACAUGGCCAUUACAAGUCAUGCAUUCACAAAUUGAGCUCAUAGUUAGGUUUUUAAUUAUACAUUUUUCAAAAGUGCCUCCUAUUAAAUUGCUUGGCAAUUGCACCCUGUAUUGAACCAGAGUUAGUUUUAGAGAAGUCAGAGAAAUGAACUGCUUAAGUGUUAUUUUAUAACCCUUCACACCAGUACAAUGUAUAAUCAAAAAAUAUUGGUAACCAUUUGGUGUAGCAAUAACCUUCCCCAGGUGUGUGGUGUACGGUCUUAUAUUUGUUUUAAUAUUCUGAUGCGAUUUUAGGGUGCCGUAGGGAGCUAUUUCUCCUAGAUUCACCUUGAUGAAGCAGAUGAAUUUACAAUGCUUGAUUUCCUUUGUGUGGUGUCCUAGGUAGGAUUUGUUAUGCAUGCUUUAACAUUAGGUUUCCAUGCUGGUAGUGUCUAGGUUUUGAUUUAAAAUGUAUGUUUGUGCCAUGUUUUAUUUUCCCUUCCUCUUCCCCUUGAUCCUGGAUUUCCCCUGGUGUAUUAUUUUAUUCUGGCUCUGAUGGACUAUUGCAGUUUACUUGCCUAAUGUACAAAGACAAAAUACUGAUGUAUAUUUUUCAUGUAAUGAAAAUUGUCACCUUGUGUAGUGAGUUAUUUUAAAAUAUGAUUCCCCCUCCAA